CGCCAAAAACUCUCUCCCACCACCAUAUCCUAAUCUCCUCCACGUGUUCUCUCUUUCACCUCCUCCAUCCUCCUUUCUCUAGCUCCAUCUACAAAGAAACCCAACAUGCAAACGCCUUCCUUGACCUACAUAUCCUCAGCCGAUGACCAACAACAAGAUGAUGAUUCCUUGCUCUUGCUUUCCCUCGCCCCUCCUGGCCAACAACCCAUCACCCAACCUUCCACAAAACCCAAUCACCACCACAUCUUCACCAACGAAACCACUUUCACCGCCAGUGGUGUAACAGUAGCUUUGCACAUCGGCCUUCCUCCACCACCACCAAACCCUAACCCUAAUAAUAACGCCUCCCCUCUUCCACUUGAGGGACAGUACUGGAUCCCUUCCCCUUCCCAAAUCCUCGUCGGCCCGACUCAGUUCUCCUGCCCCGUCUGCUCCAAGACCUUCAACCGUUACAACAACAUGCAGAUGCACAUGUGGGGCCACGGGUCUCAGUACCGAAAGGGCCCUGAUUCGCUUCGGGGAACGAAGCCGGCUUCCUCGAUGCUUCGUCUGCCGUGCUACUGCUGCGCCGAGGGGUGCAGAAACAACAUCGACCACCCGAGGUCGCGGCCGUUGAAGGACUUCAGGACACUGCAGACGCACUACAAGAGGAAGCACGGCGUCAAGCCGUUUGGGUGCAGGAAGUGCGGCAAGAGCUUUGCGGUGAGAGGGGAUUGGAGGACGCACGAGAAGAACUGCGGGAAGCUCUGGUUCUGCAUCUGUGGGUCGGAUUUCAAGCACAAGAGGUCGCUCAAGGACCAUGUUCGUGCUUUUGGGGACGGACAUUCUCCACAUACCGUGGAAGGGUAUGUGGAGAAUGGAGGAGAAGAUGAUGACGAUGAAGAAGAAGAAGAAGAUUGCAGUAAUGAUGAUGAUGAUGAAGAGGAAUAUUGUUAUCCACGUUUGGACAAUAACAAUGGUGGGCCGGCUCGUCAUCGUCAUAUUAUUAAUCGUGGUGGUCCGUUCCUCUACUAAUUAUUGACUGAUUUUCAAAUAUAAGUUAUUGGAGUAUUAUUAGUCAAAAUGGGUUUGGUCACUAAUUGUUGUAGUUAUUAUGAUGAAUAUAAGUCUGAAUCGAAGUUAAAAGCUUACGACAUUAACACUUCUGGAUCGGAUCGUCAAUACACGAUUCUUUCUACGUAGAAUCGUGAUUUUCAGCGACAAGUGAAGUCGAAAUCUCUACGCUUAAAAAACUCAGAUUUUUGUA